AUGGCAAAUGCAGAUAGCGAGGUGAGAACGCUGCUGAAUUUCGUGAAUCUGGCAUCCAGUGAUAUCAAGGCGGCUUUGGAUAAGUCGGCCCCGUGCAGACGCUCGGUGGACCACAGGAAGUAUCUGCAGAAACAGCUCAAGCGCUUCUCUCAGAAAUACUCCCGGGUGCCGAGAUGUCACCCGCUCAGGUCCGCUCAGUGUGCCAAGCCAGUUGCCGGCCUUCAUGGCACGCAGGGGCAGGAAAAGGAUGCCGGUGGCUGUGGGCACACAAGUACAGACAAAGUGGGGGUCACUGAAAAACAGGUGCCCAUGAGGAAACGCCAGCUCCCGGCCUCUUUCUGGGAGGAACCCAAGCUGAGCAAGAGAGAGCACUCCCACUCAGGGCUGAGAAAGAGUCACGCCGCCUCGUUGGAGACAAAAGAACACUGGAAGGGAGGUCAAGAGGAGGACGCCAAGGUCACGCUCUCCAGAGACGCGCUCAAAUUAGAGCGGAACUCUCACCGGGACUUGAACCUGUGCGCCUGCUGCCCUUUCCAGAGUCACCAGCACCAAUACCACCAGAUUCUCCAUGGUCACAUUGUGGUGCCACAUCCAGCUCUGGGACUGUGGUGCAAGAAUGAGCCCGAGAGAGCGGAACAGCAGCACGGACUGAAGAUUCAUCCUCACGUGGUGGUCAAACCUAUACCAACCAAGCCCACAGUCCCUUCCCCUAUCUUCAGCGUGUUUGGCUUCAUUUAA